GUCGGGGGGGACACGUGUAGCGAGAUUGAUUGACAGCGUCAGUGGGCGUUUACUAACUUGGUUAAUUUGGGUAACAUCCUUCUUUCUAUUUACAAGUUCACUCACUGGCACCAAGUCUUGGUUGACAAAUUCAAUUAAAUUGAUUAAAGAUGUUUCUGGCCAAAAGACUCAUUGGUGGCAUUCUUGAUGUUGUAAGCAAUAUUGAUCCAGCUGCUUUUGUGCCCUCUGACCCACCUGCACCACGAAGGCCACUUGCGUAUGCAGAGCAGAGUGAGAGUGACGAGGAAAGACAGUUUCGCAAAGUCUUCCAGCAGUUGGCUGGAGAUGACAUGGAGGUGAGUCCCAUCGAACUGAUGAACAUCCUGAAUAGAAUUAUUUCCAAACAUGGUGACUUGAAGACAGACGGGUUUAGCAUAGAGUCCUGCAGGAGCAUGGUGGCAGUCAUGGAUAGUGACAGCACUGGAAAGCUUGGAUUUCAUGAGUUCAAACACCUUUGGAACAAUAUCAAGAAAUGGCAGGGUGUGUAUAAGACUUAUGACACUGAUGGCUCUGGGGUUAUUGGUGCAGAUGAGCUUCCCAGCGCUUUCAGGGUUGCAGGCUUCCCCCUCAACGACCAGUUGUUCCAGAUGAUCAUCCGCAGAUACAGCGAAGAGAAUGGGGACCUGGACUUUGACAACUACAUUGGCUGUCUUGUGAGACUGGAUGCUAUGUGUCGUGCCUUCAACACCUUAGACAAGGAUAACAAUGGAACCAUCAAGGUCAACGUUCAAGAGUGGCUCCAGUUGACCAUGUAUUCCUGAGCUUAGGACAUGCCUACAGGUGUUUACAAAACCACUCCAUUUAUAUCUACCUGAUGCUGUGCUUUAGACCACUCCAUGGACCCCCUGUGCCAUUCCCCCAGUGUAUGCAGGUUUCCAUACAUUAUUUGCAACCUACACAAUGUGAAUACAGCUUUUUCAUACAACAAAAGGGGAGUUGUAGACUAACGUGGGAAUUAAAACCUGCACACGCAGUGGUUCUAUGGGCUGACACUGAGAACCUCUGGGCCACUCGAUGCUGGUCUUGCAUUCAACCAAGAGUGUCUGCUUGUUUUCCUUUUGAAUUGAAGAAAAGACAGCAUUCGCCUUUGUAGAGGUUCUUUCCAAUAGCUCUCAAAAGGUAAUCAUUUACCAAUCAUUUUUAAGCCAGUUCUGAAAUAGUCUAUAACUGUGACACAUACAUGGUGUCGCUACACAUAAUGCCAGCACAAUGUUAGUUUUUGCCAUUGCUUCAUGAAACCAACAGAUGCCAUUUAAGGAUUUGGUAACUGUUGUCAUAAGUCACUGAACUGUUACUGUCUUUGAAAUGACCUGUGUAAUUUUGUAUGGAAUUAAAGUAAUCCUAACAAUG